AUGAUACGCGGAGGCGGCACGAGGUGUUUCAUGAGGCGUUGCGGCAUUCUCUGCCCCCUCCUUCUCCGCUUCCCACCUGCUCUGCUCCCUUUGAUCUGCCUCCCCCCUUCCUGCCCUGCCCUCCCCUGCCCUCCCAUGUUCUGUCUUAAUGUGCUCCUCCCUCCCUGCUCUGCCCUCCCGUGCCUUGCAGUGCUCUAUCUUACUGUUUUUCGCCCUCCAUGCUCUGCCCUCCCCUGCCCUCUCGUGCCUUGUCUUACUGCGCGUCGCCUCCUUGCUUUGCCAGCCUUGCGCUGCCCUCCCCUGCACUGUCCUCCCCUGAUAUGCCUUCCUCUGCUACCCUCCCUUGAUCUGCCCUCCCAUGCGAUGCCCUCCAUUGCUCUGCCCUCCUCUGAUCUGCCCGCCCAUACUAUGACUUCAAUUGCUCUGGCCUCCUCUGAUCUGCCCUCCCAUACUAUGACUUCAAUUGCUCUGGCCUCCCCUGCUCUGCCUUCCCCUGGUUUGCCCUCCCUUGCUCUGCCUUCCCCUGCUCUGCCAUCCCCUUCUCUGUCCUUCCCUUAUCUGCUCUCCCCUAAUCUGCCCUCCCGUGCUCUACCCUCCCCUGCUCUGCCUUCCCUUGCUCUGCCCUCACCUGCUCUGCCAUCCCCUGCUUUGUCCUCCCCUGAUCAGCCCUCCUCUGCUCUGACCUCCCCUGCUCUGCCAUCCCCUGCUCUGCCCUCACCUGCUCUGCCAGGCCCUGCUCUUCCUCCCCUGAUCUGCCCUCCCCUGAUCUGCCUUCCCCUGAUCAGCCCUCCAUUGCUCUGCCCUCCCCUGCUCUGUCCUCCCAUGAUGUUCCCUCACCUGCUCUGUCCUCACCUGCCCUAA